GUUAUAUUACUCACCUUACCCAAAAUUAAUCAAAUAAAAAAAAAAAAUAAAAUCAAGAGAAAAAGAUUAAAAAAAAAUGAAUGGUAGAGAUAAAUGGAGGUAUAUGAUCAUACAUCCAGAAAGUGCAGGAGCAGGGGACUUAUGGAGGUUUUGGAAGCAGGGGGAUAUAGAAAGUGGGUCCAACUUCAUUACAAGUAAUUAUUGUUUGGAUAAUGAAGAAGGUUCUGGAAGAUUUGAUUUAGAAGAAUGGAAAUCAAUGUUUGGAGGGAAAGAUAAAAGAUGGGUGAUUGUUGUUUCAGUGAUUGUGAGAAAAUUGAUUAGGGCUUUUGGUAAACCCUUGGAAUGGUUUGGUUAUUUUGUUGAUUUUUUUCUUAAUCUCCUCACUCUUAAUGGCAAUCUAUUUGGCCUUUUCGUCAACGUUGUCCAAGGAAAGGUGGUGGUUCCACAAAGAGGAACAGCAAGUUUCAUAAGCUCAAUUGGGCAUUUAGAUGGACGUAUUGACUUGUGUAAGACUGACAAUUUUGGAGGAGUCUCUGGCCCACACAUACACAACAAAUUUAACUUCAGUCCUGCUCUUAUGGACCUUUGUAUUAUGGCUUCCAAGUUAGUUUAUGAGAAUGAAAAUGUGGUCAAACAAAUUGUGGUUGAUCAUUGGAAGAUGCAUUUUGUGGGCUUCUACAAUGGUUGGAAUGAUUACCAGCAGGAGAUGUCCACCCAAGUGUUCAUCCUGUGUGACAAACCAGUAGAUGCUACAUUUAUACUAAUCAGCUUCAGAGGCACAGAGCCUUUCGACGCUGAUGAUUGGAGUACAGAUUUCGACUACUCUUGGUACGAAAUCCCUGGACUUGGAAAACUUCACAUGGGAUUCUUAGAAGCUUUAGGUUUGGGAAACCGAACAUACACUCCGACUUUCCAUCAUAAUCUCGCGAACAAAAGCACCAUUUCUUCCACCCCAAACAUGGCAGAAUUGACAGCAUAUAAUGCUGUCACAACCAAGCUGCAGGCCCUGUUGAAAGAACAUAAGAACGCCAAAUUUGUCGUUACAGGGCACAGCCUCGGUGCAGCCCUUGCUAUCUUGUAUCCGACUGUGCUCAUCUUGCGUGACGAGAGUGCGAUGAUGCAGAGGUUAUUGGGUGUGUACACUUUUGGACAGCCGAGAAUUGCAGACAGCGAUCUUGGGCAAUACAUAGACGCGAGACUUAAUACGCCUGACGAGCUUAGGUACUUCCGGGUCGUUUACUGCAAUGAUGUUGUGCCUCGGUUACCUUAUGAUAAUAACACUUUCUUGUAUAAGCAUUUUGGUGUUUGCCUCUAUUACAACAGCUUUUAUUCUCACAAGGAAGUGCAAGAAGAACCCAACAAAAACUUUUACGGAAUAAGGUACCUGAUUCCCGCGCACAUAAACGCUCUAUGGGAGUUGAUCAGGGCAUUCGCUAUGAAGUAUGCAUAUGGUGCGGGUUAUGAAGAGGAUUGGUAUUCUAUUUUUGCAAGGGUAGUAGGACUACUGCUACCUGGAAUUUCAGCUCACAGCCCGAGAGAUUAUGUCAAUUCGGUGAGGCUUGGAAAUGUAAGAGAUUACGCAGUUCAAAUGUAUUCUAUCGAUUAGAUUUAGGAAAUGAAUGAAGGUUAAUUUCAAUGUUUAUGUAAUGAGCAAAUAAAAUUUGUUGAGAUAGGCAUUGCGUUGCCUAAAUUUGAAAACUUUUGACGCCCAAAACUGGUUUGCUUGUAAUGUACAAAUAUAGCACACUUAGCAAAUUCAUCAAGACUCGAACAUUAUUAUAAGAAAAAAAAAAAAAAAGCAUUUCAA